AUGGAUCCCAAAAAGAUCCUACACGAACCGUCUUUGAAGUACACUAGCAAUCCGGAUUAUAGGAAACCACCAAAAACCGCUAACCCGUAUUUACAAUGCCUGGGAACUCCGCAUAUAGAUUCAUUCAAUUACAUGAUCAAAGAUGGAUUAAAAGCCGCCAUAGAUGACUUAAUACCCGUAGAAUUUGAUGUGCCAAGCGGAGAAAGAAUUAAAAUUACCAUAGAUGAAGCUGCAUUCGCUAAACCAAGUGUGCCUAUGGAGGCGGUUGGAGUUAAAAAUCAAAUAGUUUUACCGACAGAAUGUAGGCAGAGAGCAGCUACAUAUAAAGGAGAUUUCAAAGUUAGAUUAUCUUUUACCGUUGAUGGGAAGACCAUAUCAAUGGACAGAUCCCUCGGAAGUUUGCCGAUCAUGUUAAAGUCCAAAGUGUGCCACUUGGCUGACCUGUCUCCCGAAGAACUAGUUAAGAAGAACGAACAUGCUGACGAGUGGGGUGGAUACUUUAUUAUUAAGGGUCAUGAACGUCUGGCUCGUAUGUUGUUAGUAACUAGAAGGAACUACCCCGUCGCUAUCAAGAGGUCGGGUUGGAGAAUGAGAGGGAAUUUAUUCACUGAUUAUGGCAUACUCAUGAGAUGUGUGAAACCGGAUCAAACUAGUACUAACAACGUACUACAUUUUCUUCAAAAUGGAACUUGCAAACUAAUGUUCUCACAUCGUAAAGUGAUGUACUAUGCUCCACUCGUGCUUAUACUGAAGUGUCUUGUAGACUGGCCAGACCAUUAUAUAUAUAGAUUAUUAUUGCACGGAAAGAAGAAUGACUUGUAUUAUGUAAAUUGUGUACAAAACAUGCUCCGGGAACUUCACGAGCAAGAUCUACACACAUCUAUCGAUUGUCGUUCAUACAUGGGACGUAUGUUUAGAGCACGUCUUGAUUUACCACCGGAAGCUACAGAUUUGGAUGCUGCGGACUUCCUGUUAGUGAGAUGCAUCAUGAUACAUCUCAACGACUACAAGGAUAAGUUCUACGGAUUGGUGUUCAUGAAUCAGAAGCUGUUUGAUCUGGUGCAGAAUAAAUGCAAGGUGGAAGGGGCUGAUGCUGUCAUGGUUCAAGAGUUGCAAGUCGGAGGUCACUUAUACUUGCAGGUUUUGAAAGAACGCCUCCAGACCUUGCUAUAUGUCCUCAAAGCUAAUAUCAUCAAGAAAUCUAAAACAAGCAAAUUAUCGCUUACUUCAAAAGAACUACAGCAAAUAAUACGAUCAGCCGGUGGUUUAGAACAGAAAAUGGAAACGUUCUUAGCAACGGGUAACGCUCCGUCAAAUAACGUGAACCUAGCUCAAUACAAAGGUCUGACGAUAGUAGCCGAAAACCUCAACAGAAUGAGAUAUAUGUCGCAUUUCAAGGCUAUACAUCGUGGUUCUUUCUUCAUGGAGAUGCGUACAACAGAGGCUCGUCAGUUAUUACCGGACGCGUGGGGCUUCGUGUGUCCCGUACAUACGCCCGACGGAGCACCCUGUGGAUUACUCAACCAUCUUACUGCCUCCGCACAGGUGACCACACAACCCGAUCCAAACCAAGUAUCAAGUCUACCGAGCGUUCUCGAGAAAUGUGGCAUGGACCCCAUAAGCUCUGUAGCUCACACGCCGUUAAGCCACGAUGUCUACAAGUACCCCGUGUUCAUAGAUGGUAGGCUGGUGGGUUAUUUUAAUGAGGACACUGCACUCAAGUCAGUUUCAUAUCUCCGAACGUUAAAGGUCAAAGGUGAAGAUGUACCAAUAUCAACUGAAAUCGUUCUGGUGCCUAAGAAACAGAUACCGGCCCAAUAUGCGGGAGUAUUUCUCUUCACGAGCGAAGCCCGUAUGAUGCGUCCAGUUAUAAAUCUAUCGACUGGUCAACUCGAACUGAUUGGUACUAUGGAACAACUGUAUUUAGACAUAGCUGUUACACAAACAGAGAUUAUUAAAGGCAAAACAACCCAUUUAGAGUUAUCAAAAUCGGCAUUUAUGAGUAAUUUGGCCCAAUUAGUUCCUAUGCCGGACUGCAACCAAUCACCACGUAAUAUGUACCAAUGUCAAAUGGGUAAACAAACGAUGGGAACGCCUAUCCAUACUUGGUCUACGAACGCAGAGACCAAGUUGUACCGGUUACAAACCGGAGCUACGCCUCUCUUUAGACCAGUACAUUAUGACAACCUGAGUUUAGACGAUUAUCCUUCAGGAACGAACGCGAUACUCGCCGUUAUAUCAUACACGGGUUACGACAUGGAAGACGCAAUGAUAAUAAACAAAUCUUCAUACGAGCGAGGGUUCGCAGCGGGGUCCGUAUACAAAUCAAGUUUCGCUGAACUAAAGAACUCUUCGUCAUACUUCUGUCGCGAUCCUACACGACCUGAGCUAGCUUCUUAUAUGGAUGAAGAUGGACUACCGGCUGUGGGGGCAAGGAUACUACCUGAAGAUCCAUUCUACUGUCAUUACGAUAGCGACAGUUCAAAGUUCAUAGUGACUAAAUAUCACGGCAAAGAAGAGGUUGUUGUAGAUAGUGUGAGGCUCUGCGGCGAGUUUAGUAGCAAGGCACCCAAAAAAGCCUGCAUCAUGGUCAGAAUACAGCGUAAUCCUACAGUUGGUGAUAAAUUCGCUUCCCGAGCCGGUCAGAAAGGUAUUUGUUCACAAAAAUGGCCAGCCGAAGAUCUUCCGUUCACAGAAUCCGGUCUUAUUCCCGAUGUUUUGUUCAAUCCUCACGGCUUUCCCUCUAGAAUGACAAUUGCUAUGAUGAUUGAAUGUAUGGCGGGAAAAGCCGCUUGCCUUCACGGACAUGUACAUGAUGCGACGCCAUUUCGUUUCAACGAACAAGACACCGCUAUAAAUUACUUCGGUCGUUUAUUAGAAGCCGGUGGAUAUAAUUAUUACGGUACAGAGAGGCUUUACAGCGGAGUGGACGGAAGAGAAAUGCAGGCGGAUAUAUUCUGUGGUUUAGUACACUAUCAGAGGCUAAGACACAUGGUGUCUGAUAAGUGGCAGGUCCGCACGACAGGCGCGGUUGAUGCUUUAACACGUCAGCCAGUAAAAGGCAGACGGCGAGGAGGAGGAGUUAGGCUUGGGGAAAUGGAACGAGAUGCGUUGUUAGCACAUGGAGCGGCCUUUCUACUACAAGAUAGAUUAUUCCACUGUUCAGAUAAAAGCGAGGCUAUAAUCUGCUCUAAAUGCGGCACACUGCUGGGUCCUAUAUCUGGAAAUACUGAUGGAAGUAAGGAUACUUGUCGUUUGUGCGGUGAAGGAAACCUAUUGCUUAUAUCGAUCCCAUAUAUAUUCAAGUUCUUUGUAACUCAGUUGGCCUCCGUCAAUAUUAAUAUUAAAAUCAAUUGUAACAGCAACUUGGCGAUUGAAAGCUGCUGA